CUUAACCUCAAAAAAACGUGUUAAUUUGAAAAAUGGUGCGUAAAAAAAUUGAUAAUAGGAUUCGAGUGUUGAUCGAAAAUGGUGUCAAGCUGGGGCACCGGACUUUGUUUGCCAUAGUUGGUGAUAAAGGCCGGGAUCAGGUGGUGAUUCUCCACCACAUGCUUGCAAAAGCCGAAGUUAAGGCCCGCCCAUCUGUUCUGUGGUGUUACAAAAAAGAGUUAGGCUUCAGUAGCCACCGAAAAAAGCGCAUGAAACAGCUCCAACAUAAAAUACAAACGGGCAAACUUAGCGUCAAUGAGGACGACCCCUUUGAACUUUUCCUCUCCUCUACGAAAAUCCGCUACUGUUACUACUCCGAAACCCACAAAAUUUUGGGCAACACGUUCGGCAUGUGCGUCCUGCAGGACUUCGAAGCCUUGACCCCCAACCUCCUAGCCCGGACUAUUGAAACGGUAGAAGGGGGCGGCUUGGUUGUUAUUUUACUGCGCUCGGUGGCGUCUUUAAAACAGUUGUACACCAUGAGCAUGGACGUCCACCAGCGCUUCCGGACGGAAGCCCACCAAGACAUAGUCUGCCGCUUCAACGAACGUUUCCUCCUGUCUCUAGCCUCCUGCAAACGCUGUCUUGUGGUCGACGACCAACUUUCCGUCCUCCCAAUCUCCUCACACAACCUCCACGUGACCCCGGUCGAGCCCUCGCAAGAGCCCUUGCCUUCGGAAAGCGAACUAACCGACCUCAAAAACCAGCUCAGAGACACCCAACCAGUCGGUAAUUUAAUCAACUGUUGCAAAACCCUGGACCAGGGUAAGGCGCUUUUGAAGUUCAUUGAAGCCAUUUCGGAAAAGACACUUCGCUCGACGGUGUCUCUGACUGCGGCAAGGGGGCGCGGGAAAUCGGCCGCGUUGGGGCUGUCGGUGGCCGCAGCCGUGGCCUUCGGAUACUCGAAUAUUUUCGUAACGAGUCCGAGUCCGGAGAAUUUAAACACGUUUUUCGAAUUUGUUUUUAAAGGAUUUGACGCGCUUGAAUAUCAGGAACAUAUAGACUAUAGUCUAGUGCAAAGCACGAACCCCGAGUUUAAUAAGGCCAUAGUUCGGGUGAAUAUUUUCAGGGACCACAGGCAAACUAUUCAAUACAUUCAGCCGACUGAUAGUCAAAGAUUGAGUCAAGCCGAACUUUUAGUAAUUGACGAAGCAGCUGCGAUUCCUCUCCCGUAUGUGAAAUCAAUGCUAGGGCCGUAUUUAGUGUUUUUAGCCUCAACUAUCAAUGGUUACGAGGGCACCGGUCGCUCCUUAUCUUUAAAAUUAUUGCAACAGUUGCGAAUUCAGGCGGUUCCAGUGGGUGCCAACACCAAUGCCGCAAAUAAGAAGGACUCGGGGGCUGCCACUGGUCGCACCCUUCACGAGGUCACUUUGGACGAAUCAAUUCGGUACAAACCCGGCGAUGAUGUGGAGGCGUGGCUCACUAAGCUCUUAUGUCUCGACGCCACUUCCGUGGCCCCCAUCUUGUCAGGGUGCCCUCCGCCCGACUCCUGCGAUUUGUAUUACAUAAACCGCGACACCCUUUUUUGUUAUCACAAAGCAUCAGAGGAGUUUUUGCAACGUCUGGUCGCCUUAUACGUCGCCUCGCAUUAUAAAAACACUCCGAAUGACCUUCAAAUGAUGUCGGACGCCCCCGCACAUCAUUUGUUUUGUCUCUUGGGCCCCGUUGACCCCAACCGGAAGACCCUCCCGGAGGUGCUAGUCAUAAUCCAGGUGUGCCUUGAAGGCGAAAUAUCAAGAUCCUCCGUUGUUGAGGGUUUUUCCCGGGGGAAGAGAGCCUCCGGGGAUUUGAUCCCGUGGACGGUGGGCCAGCAGUACCAAGACCCGGACUUUCCGCGCCUUUCCGGCGCCCGGAUUGUCCGGAUCGCCACGCAUCCGGACUACCAGGGGAUGGGUUAUGGGGCGAAAGCCCUCAAUUUACUCAAACAAUACUACGAGUUUAAAAUCCCGAGUACCGACGAAUUUGAGGAUGUGGUGGAGGAGAUUAGUAAUGUCCGGGAGGAGGAGGUCGGCCUUUUGGAGGAAACAAUUGAACCAAGGAAAAGCCUCCCCCCUCUGUUAAUCAAAUUGAGUGACCGCAAACCAGAAAAACUGGAUUAUCUGGGGGUUUCCUACGGUUUAACCGAACAGUUGCUGAAGUUUUGGAAGCGGGCUGGGUACGUCCCUGUUUAUUUGAGACAAACGACGAACGAUUUAACAGGGGAGCAUUCGUGUAUUAUGUUGAACGUUCUUAACGAUGAGGAUGGGAGUAACGAUUGGUUGAUGGCGUAUUGGAGCGAUUUCAGGAGACGUUUCGUUAAUCUUUUAGGCUACCAGUUUAGCAAAUUUUCGCCAAGUCUAGCCUUGGGCGUUUUGACAAAUAAGACGCGAAAAAUCACGUCUAAAAGUUUGUCCAGGGCCGAAUUGGAAAUACAUUUGACCAGUUACGACAUAAAACGGCUGGAAAUGUACAGUAAUAAUUUAGUUGAUUACCAUUUAAUCAUCGACUUGUUGCCGACUUUGGCAAAACUGUAUUUCCUGAACCAGAUGGGCGAUGUUCAAAUGUCGGCAGUGCAAUCAGCAAUUUUGUUGGGUGUGGGGCUCCAGUACAAGACAGUUGACACGCUCGCAGCCGAGCUCGAUUUGCCCUCAUCUCAGCUUUUGGGCCUUUUUAACCGAAUGAUUAGACGAAUCGUUCAGUAUUUAAAUUCAGUCCUUGAGCAAGACAUUGAAAAGUCUUUGGCCCCCCGAAAGGACGUCGAACUGACUCCAGUCGCGAAAUCAAUGCAACAGGAACUAGACGAAGCGGCGCAAGAAUUACAAAAAAAGCAAAAAAAGGAGUUAGAGAAAUUGAAAAAUGAGUCUUUAACCCAAUUCGCGAUUAAGGGGUCUGAGGAAGAGUGGGGCAAAGUCUUGACGGGAAAAAGCAAAAAAAAUAUUAUCACAAUUAAAAGUGACUAGUUUGUAGUGGCGAGAAACGGCUACAUGAGAGUAAUACCGACGAAGUGAAAGAGGACCCAAUCAAGAAGAAGAAGAAUAAAAACAAGAAGCGGAAAAAUAACUGAUUUUAUUAAAAAAUAAAAAUGUGUUAUACUUGUGUAACUGAAUACACUUCGUUAUCUAAUGUAUCGUACAAGACAAAAUAAACGUUGUAACACGAGAGAAA